GAUUACGGUGCGGAGUUUCAUCACAUGCGUGCGCGGUGACUGACAGUCAUUAACGUGUUCCUCGUGGGCAUGGCGGGUGCGGAUGCGCCUAUCCCGAUGUGCACCUGCAACGACAGGAAUGUGGUUACCUGUUCCGCUGUCAAGCAGGAUGCACCCACGAGUAGAGUCAUGAGGAGUUAUCAACCCCACGGGAGCCUUGCCAGAAUGCUGUACGACAAGCAACGGGCGGACGAGCAGCUCGAGGCCUACGACAAGAGCCAGUGGUACAGAGUAGACGCCACCAAAAUACGAGAGGAUUUGGUCCGUUUAUGGAUUCCCCUCGGAGCGGGAGCUCAACACGACCAACCUGACAAAACGGCCGAAAUCUUCCUAAUGAAAUCCGCUGAGAGAUCAGACUCUUUACCAUUACAGGCAUGGCAUUCUCUGGCAAGAUUUGCUUUGUCCUGGUGCAUUAGCCGCACAUCCAUAAAUGGACUACUGGGCCGUGGUUCAAUGCAUGUGUUUUCCUGCGAUCAGUUUCAAAAGCUGAUGGAUGCAAGCAACUUCUCGGGACCAUGGCAGUCUUUGAUAGAUUUAGGUGCGGGCGACGGUGCCACAACCUCUCACAUUGCAGAUCUGUUCGAGAAAGUUUAUGCUACAGACAUAUCAGCGCCAAUGAAAUGGGCCCUGACGAAACGAAAAUUUACAGUGCUCGACGUCGAAAAAUGGUACGAAACCGGGCCUUUCAACGUGAUCCUCUGUCUGAACUUGUUGGACCGUUGCGACCGGCCUAAUACUCUGCUGAGACGCCUAAAAGCGUCCCUGGCUCCUGGCGGCCGACUAGUGGUGGCUCUGGUGCUUCCGUUCAGCCCGUACGUGGAAGUCGGCGAAAGGGGCGAUCACAAACCGUCGGAAUACCUGCCGGUAAAAGGGAACGGUCUGGAGGGCCAGAUCGCCAGCCUGGUCGACAGAGUAUUCGCCCCGUUAGGCCUGAAGUGUCUCGUAUGGAGCAAGCUGCCCUACCUUUGCGAGGGUGAUCUCGGCCAGGCGUAUUACUUUCUCGACGACGCGGUAUUCGUGUUUGAGGCACAGCCUGAGACAUCACGGUACUCCGCCUCCGAGUGGACGGACACCGAGACAACCUGAACGAGAGAGGACGGCGACCGACACGGACGGGAAUGCAACGCAGCUUGAAACAGGAAUUUGUGGAGGUGGCAGAAAACUUCGUAAUGACUGCACCAGCUGUAUAGUAUCAACCAGU